AUGAUUGGCUUAAUUUGUUCUUUUUCUAUCAUUCUUGCCUGGUCUUAUUCAGUUUGCAUACUUUUCUUCUUCUUAUUUUUUCGUUCUUUCUUUCUUUCUUUCUUUUGUUGUUUCUUUUUUUUCUUUUUCUUUUCUUCUUCUCUCUUUCAUUUCUUCUUCUUUAAUCUUUAUUGUGUUUAUUUUUUCUUCUUUUCCCCCAUUCUUCUUUCUUGUAAAUUUUCGGUCUUUUUCUGUUAUUUUCUUUCUUUCUUUCUUUCUUUCUUUCUUUCUUUCUUUCUUUCUUUCUUAACAUCUGUCUUGUUUUUUCUCUUUCUUUUAUUUUCUUUUUGUUCUUGGUGUUCUCGUUCUUUUCCUAUCUUUCGUUAUUUCUUCUUUUUCUCUUUUCUCCUUCUUUUUUUACAUGUCUUCUUACUUUUCGUUUUUUACCCUUUCGCUUUCUUUUCCAUCUCAUUUUCUAUCUUUCUUUUUUUUCUUCCAUUUUUAUUUACUUUUCUUUCUUUUGUCCUCUUCAUUCUUUUAUCCUUUAUUUAUUUUCUUGUUACUUCUCGUCCUUUUUCUGCUAUUUGUUCUUCUUCUUUUUCUUUUUUUAUUUCUUUCUUUCUUUCUCCUCUGUUCCUAUUCUUUCUUUCUUUCUUUCUCCUCUGUUCCUAUUCUUUCUUUCUUUCUUUCUUUCUUUCUUUCUUUCUUUCUUUCUUUCUUUCUCCUCUGUUCCUAUUCUUUCUUUCUUUCUUUCUUUCUUUCUUUCUCCUCUGUUCCUAUUCUUUCUUUCUUUCUUUCUUUCUUUCUUUCUUUCUUUCUUUCUCCUCUGUUCCUUUUCUUUCUUUCUUUCUUUCUUUCUUUUCUUUUCCUCUGUUCCUAUUCUUUCUUUUCUUUCUUUCUUUCUUUUUCUUUCUUUCUUUUCUUCUAUCUUUUUUUUUUUUUUUUUUCUUUCUUUCUUUCUCCUCUGUUCCUAUUCUUUUCUUUCUUUCUUUCUUUCUUUCUUUUUCUUUCUUUCUCCUCUGUUCCUAUUCUUUCUUUCUUUCUUUCUUUCUUUUUUCUUUUCUUUCCCUCUGUUCCUAUUCCUUCUUUUCUUUCUUUCUUUCUUUCUUUUCUUUCUUUUCUUUCUUUUUUUUUUCAUUCUUUCUUUCUUUCUCCUCUGUUCCUAUUCUUUUUUUUCUUUUCUUUCUUUCUUUUUCUUUCUUUCUUUUCUUUCUUUUUUUCUCCUCUGUUCCUAUUCUUUCUUUCUUUCUUUUCUUUCUUUCUUUCUUUCUUUCUCCUCUGUUCCUAUUCCUUCUUUCUUUCUUUCUUUCUUUCUUUUUUUCAUUCUUUCUUUCUUUCUCCUCUGUUCCUAUUCUUUCUUUCUUUCUUUCUUUCUUUCUUUCUUUCUUUCUAUUCAUUCGUCUUUCUAUCUUUCUUUUUCCUCUCUUUUUUUUGUUUGCCAUUCAUUGA